CCAAGGUAGAAAAUGCGUUUCUAAAUAGUAGCUGUCAGUAAGGCAGCAACGAGGAUUCUUUUGCAGGAUUAUUAGGGUUGGUUUGUCUUGGGUUUUAUGGUGUUUGGUUCUUCGUUGUUGACUGCGCAUUAAUCGCUGCAAUUAACUUAAAAAAAUAGAAAAUAGAAAACAUUUGGUUCGAAUCCAUAAGUGAUUCUUAUCUAAACAUUUCUUUGCGGUAUUCACUUUUGACUGGAUUUACUAUCAACUUUCUCUUUUCGCUGUCGCCAUGUGCAUUCUUCAAUCAGACCUUUUUUAUGUCUCUCCUGUCGAGGGGAAGGGAAUGGGGAUGAUAGCAGCCAAGAAUAUUCCUAAAGGUACACGGUUGUUUGUUGAGCAACCAUUGUUUAAGGCACCAAAUGAUGCCACGAUCAUUGAAAAUUCUGUUAAAGAAAAAACCCAGGAGGAACAAGCUGCAUUCCAUGACCUCUUCAAUGCCCAUGUCGAGUCCAUGGGUCCGUACCUGGGCCCGUUUUAUUCCAACGCACUCACGGUUAACGAUAACCAAGGCGGUCUGUUUUUGUUGGGUUCGCGCAUGAAUCAUGAUUGCAGUCCUAAUGUAAAGCAUACAUGGAAUGAUACACUCGAUGGAGUAACUGUCCAUGCGGUUCGCGAUAUACAGAAAGGCGAAGAAAUUUUGACUACUUAUAUCGAUCUGCAAAAACCAAAAGGAGAACGCCGUAAGCUACUUCAAGCACAUUUUGGGUUUUUAUGUCUGUGUUCUGCCUGCAGCAUGACUGGCACACCUGCAAAGCACAGUGAUCAACGCCGUAAAGAGCUUGCAUACUAUGACCGGCGAAUCGCUAAAAUGGCCGUGACAAACCCGCGAGGCGCUCUUCGAGCACUUCGACACCGUAUACUACUUGCUCAUCAAGAACGACUUUUUGGUCGGCUUGAUAUUGUUUCGUAUUUGGAUGCAGCUAGACUCUGCAUUAUUCACGGGGAUUUUAACCGUGCUAAAGUUUUCCUCCAACGAGGCUUGGAAGUUCUCCGAGUAUGUGAAGGUGAAGACUCGCCAAAGUUCAAAAAGCUCAUUCCAUUUGUCGACGACAUUAAAAGUCAUCCCCUUGCUGAGGGUGUUUACGAGAUGCCACUUGUCAUGGACGAAGAGUUUUCUGAUGCUGAAGAUCAACUGUGGGGCUGCGUUCUUGAGGAGGACGAGUAUAGCGAUUGAUCCAAGUGCGGAUCAAGUAUCGGGUGUGCCCGUUAUAAAAUAGGAAUUCUAAUGGAACAUGUUCCAAAUGGCUGUCUGCAUUCGCGUAUAUGCGCAUAGAAAAUUGUACUGUGUAGCAGCACUGUUCUUACCCUUAACAAUAAGAUGCUUCUUC